UCCAGUAAUCCCAACCUACUCUCUGGACUCAUUGGGAAUGGUCUAACUAGCUACUCAGCACGGGGAAGGUUUUUUAGUACUGGGCUAUUGAAUAUAUUUAGCAGAUACCGUUUUUAACAGGACCGAAAAGGAUUCUUGCUGCAUCAGAGAUUUGAAUUUACAUUCAGGAAGGCUUACAGGGAAAAGGAAGGAAACAAUGUUUGGUUGAGGUCCAAAACACACACGCACAGGACUGAAUGUCCCUUCUCCACUGAGGGCAACCUGUACUGUCUUGCUCUCAGGAUGUCUAGAAUGGUGUUGCUGUAGUGGACCACCACCUUAGCGUCUGCAGACAGUGACCCCGUCUGUUAAACACCAUGCCUCGCUUAAGUGUCAGUCUCAGCUCAAAGCCUAACUGUAGCCCUGUCAUCUGUGUUCUCCUGGGCCUCUUGGCUAUACACACUAAUGCCAAAGAUGUCCUUACUGUACCCCAGCAGGUGAGCCUGUCAGCCAACAUGUAUAAACAGCAUCUAACCAUAUCCUGGCUGGGGGGAGCAGCCACAACCUUUGACCUCAUGAUUCUAAGAACUGAACUCAAUGAAACUGUCUUCUAUGAGACAGUGUCUGUGACGAUGAAUCAGGUGAGUGGUCGGCACCAGUGGAACUGGACCUCAGUUGAACCUCUUGAGUGUACCUCGCUGUCGAUCAAAAUCCGCUCACGAGAUGGACAGACAACAAGUGAAUGGAGCAAUACUCAGAUACUUCAAGGAAACGAUCUCCCGAACAAUGAAGCAUUCCAGAUGUACCCCCAGGACAGAAUUGUGCCGGUGGGGGCCAACACCACCUUCUGUUGCAUUGUGGAAGAGGGGAAGCAAUUUGGUACCAUUCGCUACAGCAACACAGUCAUGAACACAACACGGCUAAGUCGGCGAAGUUUUGCCACCACAGUGGUUAAUCAGGAACUGUCCGGCCAGACGGGAACCAACAUUGUCUGUUUUGACAACCCGAAGACAAAGCUGUCUGGAACAGUGGUGUUUGUUGGAUAUCCACCACUGCCCACUGAUUUUGAGUGCGAGACUCGUGACUUAACCUCAGCUGUGUGCCAGUGGAACGAAAAACGAGAAACAAACUUGUAUGGAAAACGAGGAACACGCUACUCGCUGAACAACAGGAACUGUACUUUGAGCAGCCCACAGGAGAAGCAGUGUAGCGUGGCCCAGUGGGAGGGUAACUUUACACUGGUAGCCGUAAACCCUCUCGGCCAGUACAGCCUCACUGACUCUGCUGAGAUCAAUCACAGAGUGUACCCAGUUGCACCAGACAACCUAACCUUUGUUGUCCAUGCCUGGAAUGCCACUGUGUUGUGGCAAUGGAAGUACAACAGCUAUUCCUCUCUGGCUCUUGACUGCCAGGUAGAGCUUGACUGCCAAGGGUACAAAACAAAGCGUACCUUUUCUGGUGUUGGUCUGCGGUCGGUGGUUCUGUCAGACCUGUAUCCUGAUGAGGAUUACAGUGUUCAAGUCCGCUGCGGUGCCCAGCAGAGUUUCUGGAAGUGGGGAACCUGGAGCAAAUCGUUUUCCUUUAAAACCAGCAAUUAUGUUCCAGAUGCUCCUGAUGUGUGGAUGUGGAUGAACAAAGACUACACUGGGCAGGUCAUUUGGAAGCCUCUGACACAAAGACAGAGCCAUGGUCUGAUCACAGGUUAUGAAGUUACUCUCUGGAGCCCUGAAGGAAAUUUCCAGCACACAGAAUUUUUUUCACCGGAUACUUAUGCUGUACCAGUCAACCUCACACAGAUUGCUAGCCGCAGCAGUGGCAACAAGGUCAUGGCAACUGUCAUUGCAAAGAAUGCUGCUGGGGUGUCUCAACCUGCAAGUGUGCUUAUACCUUUACGUCUGACAGACGUGGAACCCCUUACUGUGUCCAGGGCAGUUUAUACCAACAGAGGUUUCCCUCUGUUCUGGCAGCGCAAUGCCAACGACACCUGUGCUUAUGUGGUUGAAUGGUAUGAAGCUUCCUGCAAGUGGGACUGCCCUGUAGAGUGGAUCAAGUUGGCUGCUGGAAAUACUAAUGUCACCAUUGAGUCAGCCUACUUCCAGCCGGGUGUGAGGUACAACAUUUCCCUGUACAGUAGCUCCUCAGAGGCCCCAGAGCUGCUGCAGCAUUGGCAGGGAUACAUGCAGGAGCUUGUCCCUUCCAGUUCUGUUCUCCUGUCAACCACUCAGCAGGACUCUGAUAUUCUCCUCACCUGGAGAGAGAUCCCGCUGGUCAACAGAAGAGGCUUCCUCCUGGGCUACAACAUUUACAUCAGUGGUGGCUCUCAGUUCACACUUCUAGCCAAUCUGUCAGAUCUAGAAAGCAGGAGCUACACAGUAAAAGGUCUUUCUCAAGGCCUCUAUAACUUUACUGUCAAGGCCUACACCUCAGCAGGCGAGGACAAAGGCGCCACUGCCUCCAUUAUGCUGGAGCCAUUCACGGAUGGGCUUAUCCUGGAAAUUUUGGCUUCCCUGGGAAUCACAGCCUUACUCCUGGCUGUUGUCACCUUCAUUUGCUACAAGAAAAGAAAAUGGGUGAAAAAUGCAUUCUAUCCAGACAUACCAGAGCCCAAGCUGUCUGAUGAUUGGUCCAGGUCACAGGGGCCGUUGGAUGUGAAGCCAUCUCCCCACAGUUUGGUCCAUAUGGUAGAAAAGCCUGAGUGGGAUUCUAGUAAAGAGGUGCUUGUCGUCAUUCCUGAAGAAGACGAGGAUGAAGAAGGGCUGGGGAUAGGAGACGAGCCAGUUGACACAGAUGAGCCAACGUCAUUACGCUACUACAACCAAGUUGUAGAUGAGCGGCCCUUAAGGCCGCGUUUCCCAGAAUCCUCUGAUUCGUCUGCAUCUUCUUUGGAUUCAGCAUGCACCGAUGUGACGUACACCGGGAUCCAGACCUCAGGGUCUUCUUUGGUCUUCCAGCUGGAUCCGCAGGGCUCUUCCGAGGGCCACCAACCUAAGGCUGAUCUGUCGGUCUGUGGAGAAGGAGGAGGAGGAGGAGGAGGAGGUUACUGGCCCCAGAUGCAAUCUAGAGCCCCAAGUGAUGACACAGGCCUAGCAUCACCCAAGCCUUUCCUUGAGCCCCAGGCUGCCAGUGCCGGGGGCUACAAACCCCAGAGCUCCUGGCAUUUUGACUCCCCUGUAGAGACUGGAGAAAGUGAGGGCCUGGCACCGUCUCUUGGAUCCCCCAUCUCAGUUGCUUCCACUCAGUUCCUCCUCCCUGAUGGAGAGGAACAUGCAGAUGAGAAACAACAGCCGUCAUCAUCGGCAGCAACCUGGUUCACCAACCUGCUGUCAUCCACAAAACCAUGAUAUCAUCUCUCUCUCACUACUAGCAGACAGGCCAGGGGGGUUAACAUAAAACAUUCAGAUUCAUUACUGGGGCAUGAAUCAAACAAACCUUACCCAUAUGGUCUUGGUAAAAAUCCCCGCCAAUGUAGCACUACGUUCUUACAGCUGUACUUUAACAACAAUAAUUUUAUUUAAGGUUAUGAUGUAGUUAAUUUUCUCAGUCAUACAAAUAUAAAUCAAAAUCAGUAUAUUUAUAUAUCAAAACAUUUCUAUUCUGACAACAAAUAUUUCUUUAUACCUCUUUUCAAUCAUAUUUAUGGCACCCCCUGGCAACCUGGUGGCUGUUACGUCACCCGCCGUGACUAACGACAAUGGGCAUUUAGCAAUGGCAUAUUCUGUGUUUCAGUUUAUUAUCCAGUUUUUAGCUUGCAUUUCAGAUGUUUUUCUUUCUUAUGAUGCAAACGUUACACACUACAAAAGAAAACUGAAAGCAAGAAAGUUUUAAACCUAAUGACGGAACAAUACCAGUAAAGUACAUUUUUGAAAGAACACUACAAAAAAACAAUUUCAAUAGAAGGUAACAAAGUAGGCAAAACCUCUGUUUAUCCAUGUCUUCUGCUGGUCGGCCAUUGGGAUACCCUUCCCUGUUUCAUGACAGCUUAUGAGCUACUGAAAGGAAAAGAGGCAUUUGGCUGUAAAUAAAAAUGAUACAAUUUUAAAAGGUAUUUAAAGAUGUCAUUCUCCUGGAUCAAUACCAAGGUAGCUCCUGUUGUUACUGACGUGAUCUCUUUUUCCCCAAUUACUUUCAACAGUGAGAUGUUGGAUGAAAGAUGCAUUUGUGAAUGAGAAGAAUCAUUAUUUUCCACAUGUACAAGAGUGGUGCUGUCUGGUAUGGUCUGGAAUUGUGUGGGUGAUGAGCCCCUAAAUAUAUACACUGAUAUAAGCUAGAACAUGAAUACAAAAUAUGAGUUGUUUUUUUUCAGUAUUUUCUUUUCUCUGUUAAGAAAUGCAUUUGACAGUCAGGCCAGUGUCCUUUUUAAAUGUUAUGUGUUGUACAUUAUCCUCAAGUUAACGAUUGAUAUUGAACAAAUUGUGAGAAUUAACGUAUUUACAGUGUUAAAUUGCCUCGAUAAAUGUAAUGCUUCUGGUCAUUUGCACCAUAUUGCCUUCCACAUGCUGCCUUGCUCCUAAAUGUUAUGUACAAUGAAUAAGAAUUACUUACAAUAAUGCUGUUCCGAACAAAUCAGAAAUUUAUUGUAAUGAACAUACAGAUUACACUGGCACUGAGCGUGACGUACAAAGGAUGUGUGUUUUUUAUCAAUUUUAGUUGGCGUUGAAAUUUUACUCUUAGCCCUCUCAGUAUAUUUGUGUGGUCGCUUUAUCUUCAAGCUCAGAGAGAUGGCCGACAAUGCAUUUGAAGUUGAUUUGCUGUGCCAAGGCUUGUUUAUUUUGAAAAAGCUCUAAGUCUACAAUACAUACAUGUUUUUUUUUCCUUUUUUUCCCCAUCUUUUUAUUACAAAUGAAUUCCUUAAUUCCCUAAUUUCCCUUAUUUUGUGACUGGAAAAACGGACCAUGGGGAAAGCUAUAUUGGGAAACUAGAGAAUUUCCAAAAAUGCUAUCACUUUAUAUUUUUGACAAAAAAUGUGUGGAAAUGAUCUUGUGAAUAUUGGUCGCGUGACAGCACUUUGGCAUCUCCAUUAUGGUGUCAAAUACAUGCCACUUAUUGCCCAAGUAGACUCCUCAUACUUGAUUUGCUCCCCACUGAUGUGUACAGUGUGGGUGUUAAUGAUGCACCAUUGGCAAGGCUUCCCAAAAGAAUCCUUAUGCAAAGAUUAUCCUUUGACAUUCUAAUCCAGUGGUAACCCGAAUGAUUUUUUGUUUUUUAGAGCCAGGCCCUUGCUUGCCUGUGUGGCAGUCUGUGGUUUAUUGUUGCCAACAAGCUUUAAGUAUGACUACUGUGACAUGAAGGAUGACUUUAGACUAAGUAUAAUGGAUGGCUUCACUGAUGAACUGAUGACAGGCAGGCAGUCCUCUUUGACUACUGAGAAAAAUGUAUCACUCCUUUCUCUUUGUCUUGUAAAACUGAUCUGAAUUUUUACUUGAUUAUUGGGGGAAAUGGUUAAAAUAAUCAAUCAAAAGCUACAUAUUCUGGCAGUUAAAUCGAGUAAAGAAUGAACCAACCAGUUGCAUUGUAAGAUCAGGGAUCAGUUCAAGGCAGUGGAAAAGGAUGGAUAUUGUUUUUUAGUAUUUAAACAUGGCUGCAUAUUGUUUUCCUUUGAAGCCUGCUUUCUCAAACAAGCACGGCUUUGGAGACUAACCUGUAAAUGCUAUGUGUUGCAUGCUUUUAUUUUGAUUUGCAUCAAUAAGAUGGCAACUUUUUUUUAUAUACAACUAACUGUACAUAAUUGUGUGUCUAGAAAAUCAUGUAAACUGCAUUAGAAUUGAACCUGUCUUAUAAUAACUUAGCCGGCUUUGCAUUCCUGUCUUAUCACUGCAGUGUCACUGACACAUCGUAAGUAGGGCUAGAGUACUCAUGCAGAUUCAUAUAGUACAUGGCCACUGCUGACAUGCAAUUUUCCUUUGUUCAUCCACAUUUUUAUUUGGAGUCUAUGUUUACUCUGUACGACAUUACAUUUUUGUGCUUUAAACAGCAGGGUACUCUUGCUGCCUUACUCAUCAUCUCUGGCCUCAGAUGUUUAUGCAAAACCGAUGCAUGUUGUAUAAACUAUUACUAAGAAAAACUGGCUCAUAAAUCCUUUAAACUCCAUGUGUAUGUUACCCUAUAGCUUUAAAACACUAACACUGACUAAUGUGCACAACACCAUGGAUGAAGUAUUGUGCACCUGAGAAAAGGCUUCACAUUUCAUAAUAUUUUGCAGAAUAUUUUACUAAUGAUUGAAUUAAAUGAGACUGCUUCUGAGGUAUAAAAUAAAAUAAAUGUUAACACUAUGACAUAAAUCGAUUAAAAUGCUACUUGUUUAAAGGCAAUAAAGUUAUUUUUCUGG